AUGGAAGUUGAAGAGUUGACAUGUGUUGCUUAUUUGUACAGCCGUAGUAGACGUACAAAGAAAAAAAAAAGGAAGUUUUGGGUACAUCCAUUAAUUGCUGAUCGCUCAGCAAAAGGUUUAUUUAAUUUAUUUUACUAUGAUUUAAGAAAAUAUGAAGACAAUUUUUUUAAUUAUUUAAGAAUGUCGAUCAGUUCAUUUGAUGAACUUUUCGAUAAUUUAACCGGCUAG